UUCCCUCAGUGACAGUUACGUCUGCUGCCCAACGGAAGGCGACGCCGAACUGCAAAACGACUGACUGCUACCCGUGUGGAGUCUGUCAUUCGCCGCGUUACCUCACUAAGGGUCAAGUUAGCCAAUAAUACAAGUGAGAGACCAUGGCAGCCUUCGAAGAAAUGGGCGUUUUGCCAGAGAUUGCCAAGGCUGUGGAGGAAAUGGAUUGGACUUUGCCAACAGAUGUCCAGAAUGAGGCAAUACCCUUGAUUUUGGGUGGUGGUGAUGUCCUCAUGGCAGCUGAAACAGGUAGUGGCAAGACAGGUGCCUUCUGUCUUCCCAUCCUGCAGAUUGUAUGGGAAACCCUGAAGGACAUACAAUUGGGUAAAACCUCAAAGGUCAACAAAGAGGCAUCUCCUCAUUGGUUAAUGAGCUUCUUUGAUCGAGAUCCUGGCUUAGCAGUAACCCCUGAUGGGCUCCGUUGUCAGUCGCGCGAUCCCAAGUUAUGGCAGGGUGUGCGAGGUACCAAAGGCGUAAGUGGAAAGGGGAAGUAUUAUUAUGAGGCAACUGUUUCUGAUGAAGGAUUAUGCAGAGUGGGAUGGUCCACCCCUCAGGCAGCUUUGGAUCUUGGAACAUGUAAGAAUGGAUUUGGUUUUGGUGGAACAGGAAAGAAAUCAAAUUGUCGUCAAUUUGAUGAUUAUGGAGAAUCGUUCGGCCUUAAAGAUGUCAUUGGUUGUUACUUGGAUCUUGACAACAUGGAGAUUCUUUAUAGCAAAAAUGGCUCUGACCUUGGCAAGGCCUUUACUCUAAGGAAUGAAUUCAGGAAUGCCACAUUUUAUCCUUCUGUUGUGCUAAAGAAUGCAGAGAUGUCCUUCAAUUUUGGUGCUACAGCCUUUCAGCACCCUCCUAAGUCAGGUUAUGUAGCCCUUUGCCAAGCCAGCAAGGAAUGCACUGUCAUAUCAGGUGUGAAGGGAGGUGGUGAUAAAACCAACAAGGUUCAGAAAAAUGCUCCUCAGGCAGUGAUUAUUGAGCCAUCUCGAGAACUGGCAGAGCAAACACUUAAGCAGGUGACCCUUUUCUCGAAACACUUGGAGAACCCAGUUGUACGAGACUUACUGGUAGUUGGUGGUAUUCCAGUGAAGGAUCAGAUUGCAGCUUUAAACGCUGGAGUUGACAUAGUAUGUGGCACUCCAGGGAGAAUGGAAGAGCUCAUCAAUUCUGGCCAGCUGUCCCUUCAAGCUUGUAAAUUCUUUGUUUUAGAUGAAGCUGAUGGUCUUUUAAAGCAGGGCCAUGAGCGUUUAGUCAACGGCAUUUAUAAUUCAAUCCCAAAGAUCACAAGUGAUGGUAAGAGACUCCAGAUGGUUGUGUGUUCUGCUACUCUCCAUUCUUUUGAAGUGAAACGGAUGGCUGAACGCUUGAUGCACUUCCCAACCUGGGUUGAUCUGAAGGGAGAAGAUGCUGUUCCUGAAACUGUCCAUCAUGUUGUUGUGACGAUUGAUCCCCGAAAUGACAACUCGUGGACUUCCCUUCGACGCCAUGUCCAGACUGAUGGCGUGCAUGCCAAAGAUAAUGUUCGACCUGGGAACAGCACUCCUGAAACGUUGAGUGAAGCUGUAAAGAUGUUAAAGGGUGAAUACUGUAUAAGAGCUAUUGAUACCCACAACAUGGACCAAGGGAUAAUCUUCUGUCGAACAAAGUUAGAUUGCGACAAUUUAGAACGAUACUUUAACCAGCUAGGUGGUGGACCCAGAAAUAAAGGUAACAAAUACUCCUGUGUUUGCCUUCAUGGAGACCGUAAACCCAAUGAGCGUAAGGCCAACUUGCAAACAUUUAAGGACGGUGAAGUUCGUUUUCUCAUCUGCACUGAUGUUGCUGCUCGAGGAAUUGAUGUUGGUGGGCUUCCUUUUAUCAUAAAUGUAACUUUACCAGAUGAGAAGAGCAAUUAUGUUCAUCGCAUUGGUAGAGUUGGUAGGGCUGAGAGAAUGGGUUUGGCCAUCUCCCUUGUUUCUGCUGUGCCAGAGAAGGUGUGGUAUCAUGGUGAGUGGUGUCCCUCUCGUGGACGUGGCUGUUACAAUACACAGCUUACAACUGAACGGGGUUGUUGCACAUGGUAUAAUGAGCCACAGUAUUUAGCUGAUAUUGAAGAACAUCUUGGAGUUACAAUUCAGCAGGUGGACAAAGAGAUGAAAGUGCCUGUUGAUGAAUUUGAUGGGAAAGUUAUUUAUGGAGAGAAGAAAGCAAACGCAGGCUCCGGCUACCAGACCCAUGUUGAGCAACUAGCUCCAGCUGUCCAAGAAUUAGCAGAGCUGGAAACUCAAACACAGAUGAUUUACCUAAAACGACAAUAUGGCAAAGAAUAUCCUUGGACACGUUAGAGGAACUUAGCUAUAUAUAUGUAUUUUCUACUAGCAUAUGAAUAAUGUUUACAUUAUGCAGUUUACUGUACUCCUUGUCAGCAGCACAACAUAUUUUAGACUUUUUCCCCAAGGUAAAUAUAUAACCUUGUUCCAUAUUCUUAUAAUUUAUGGAUUUUGCUUGGAGAAAAUUUUUGUGUUAUGUUACUUAGAGCAGCUUGUGCUAAUCCUAAGAUAAUGACUCAAUAUUGAUCUUUACACUAUUAUGUAAACUGUAUAAAGAUAUUUAUUCAAUGUUUAAAGGUUAAUAUACUUGCAGUGAAUUGUA